UAGGUUCCGUAGAUUCUUCUCGCCGCCUCGUCGCCUCGUUCGCUUCGCCGAAGUGCGGCGGCACAACGGCGGCAAUCAGACUCGUAUCUGCGCAGCGACCGACAACAACGUCGACGGCAGACGCCCCCGAGAUGCGGUGCUCUGCCCGCUUCGACGCGAACUAUGGAUGACUGCGAGUUCGUGCACUCGCUCAACGACACCGCCGAGCAAUGCGCCUUCGUGAAGCGUACCGUCGACUGCCAUGUGGACGAGGCGUGGCUGGCGUACACCACGUACUCGUACUGCUGGCCCGGCGCGCCGGCGCUCCCCCUCGUCGCCGCCGUCUUCUGGGUGGUGCUCCUCUUUCUGGUGCUCGGCAUCACCGCCGACGACUUCCUCUGUCCCGCGCUCGUGGUGAUGUCGCGGACGCUGCGGCUCUCGGACAGCAUGGCCGGAGUGACGCUCCUGGCGUUCGGCAACGGCGCGCCGGACAUCAUCUCGUCGUUGGCCGGAGUGCAGCAGGAACGUCCGUCCCUGGUGCUUGGUGAGCUCCUGGGCGCUGGCACCUUCGUAAGCAGCGUGGUUGCUGGACUCGUGCUCCUUCUGUGCCGCUUUCCCUUCGACGCCGGCCCUUUCUUACGUGACGUGAUCUUCUACCUGGCAGCCUCGUUCUGGGCCUUCGACCUCUUGUACGUGGGAAGCAUGACCUUGGGCCACGCCGUGGGAUUCUUGUCCCUGUACGUCAUCUACAUAUUGAUCGUGGUCGCCGUUCAUUUCUGGAAGACGCGCCCACAAGUGCAAGUGUUCGCGGUGGAGGAGCCGGUGCAGGAAGAGCCGGUGCAGGAAGAGCGGACGGAGCCAGUGAGUAGACUCCUGACGCUGGCCUCCGAUCUGCCUCCGGCCAAGUCGGCGGAUGGGCUUCUGCGACCUCCGCCUUCGCCGACGUGGCCCGGUGAGAGGAGCCCUUCGAUGGGAAGUAUGGCGAGCGAUGUCUUCGGCGAAGACGGAGUCGAAGCUCCGCAGGUCAGGCGACGCCGGAGAAGCUCAGCGCAUCGGCACAAAGAACAUGUCAUAGCCUCCAUCCUGCAAGUGUCCCACGAGGGACCCGUUGAGCGACGCGUCUCUCGAAGCUCUUUGCCCGAGGCGCCCGAGGAACACAUUGUCUCCGAGACUACCCCGCUCUUAGCUGCGGUGCCAACGAGCCAGGACGAGCCCGAGACCCAACCGACGGGACCGUGGGCCGAGCUUCUGACGCAGCUAGUGUCAUGGGAUCCCGCCGACUGGAGCGAACGUAGUGCUUUCGGAAAAGUGUACGACGUAGUCACAUUCCCACUUCGCUUCGUUCUGGUGGUGACGGUGCCGGUGGUAGACUAUGAGAACCCUAAGAACAACUGGUGUCGCCCCCUGAACACAUCCCACUGCCUGUUGGCGCCAUUACUGCUCACUCUAAUCUUCGGUCAGAGCCAAGUACUCAUCGCGGACAAACUACCCGCCUGGGGUUUGGCUCUGGCGAUCGGUGCGACGCUAGCCCUAGUCGUCUGGAUGGCGUCGAGCUUCGAGCGCGAGCCCAAGUACCAUUUCCUCUUCGGUUACGCUGGUUUCGCUCUUGCGGUGCUGUGGAUUUACGCGACGGCGCGAGAGCUUCUCGGCCUUCUCAGGGCCGUCGGUAUAUUGGCGGACAUCAGCGACGCGGUCCUUGGACUUACGGUGCUCGCCUGGGGUAACAGUCUCGGCGACCUGGUCACCAACGUCGCGGUGGCCCGCCAGGGAUACCCCACAAUGGCCAUCGCGGCGUGUUUCGGUGGACCGCUGCUCAACUUGCUGCUAGGGCUGGGCAUCCCGUACACUCUGCAGCUGGCGGCAGGUGCAAAGCCGCUGCCCUUCCGCCUGACGCCGGUGUUGACCGCUCUGUAUGCCGGAUUGGCCGCCAGCCUGUCGCUGUCGUUGGUGUCUUCGGUCGCCUCGCGAUUUCAAUCCAGCAAGUGGCACGGCGGCGCUUUGCUGUUACUCUAUGCUACCUUCUUGAGUAUCGCCUUAUUCGUUGAGUUUAAGUUUCCGAACGUGAUACUGCCUGCCCCGGUUCCGUAGUGGCCUGUACUGAUUUGUACACUACCAUAGAAAUUUCAUUGAGAUGUCAGGACUGCUUGUGAGGACUGUGGAUUUUAUGAGUAAGAGGUGACUGAUGCUUGACAUCUAUGUACAUGCUAAGAAAUGUUAAUGCUACUAUGAGAGUCGUCCUGUUUUGGAAUGAUGUGAGUUCGUUGAUAUUGUCACGUCUUUCAGAAACGCGAAGCUAUGUGAUACCGUAUUAUCCAGUUUUCCUUUUGGCCGCUUAACUGAAGGUUAUCAGCUUCGAAAGGUGAUAAGCUCCAGAAGUACUGAAGUAAUAUUUUAAGCUAAGGGCUACAUUGCCCUGGGUAUUCUCUUGACAACACGCAAGUGAUGCCAUCGCGGGAAAAAAUAUAUCGCGUAUGUCAUAUGAACAACGCCUGUUUUCUUAGUUUUACAAACAUAAAUAAACAGCCUAGAAACUACGACAAACUUCGUAGGGUCUCAAGAAACAUCGGCAGAACAUGCAUCUGCGACAAGUGGCAGGCAGUUUUCUUCAAAAACAAAAAAGAAUAGUGGACUGAUAGAGAACAAUGUAAGUGCCAAGCAUCACCAAAGUGUAGGGUCCCUGCAUAGAGAAGGACACGUGCACAAGAUUUCAAAGCGACAAGGAGGCGGACCGAAAAAGCUGCCCUGAACACUGGGUUGUGUGCACGUACCAAACUUCAGUGCACCAAUGACAAGCAUGUAUGCUUGGUUGCUUGGUUUCUUGUGGACUCUGUGAGUUCUUGCCAUUCGUGUGACCUGAAUGGAAAGUGAACGUCAGUUCAAAGUUAACAGCCAGUGCUGUGCAUCCUCGUCGAUGCAGACGAUUACAUAUUGGUAUGUACUUGUUCGUCUUGUUUCAACACAAUGCUCCCGUUUUACACAUCGUGUCGCAGCCAUUGUUGUGUUUAACAAAAGACAAAGUUCCAUUGUACAGUUUUUCACUGUGGUUCGACGGAUUCUUGUGAUAUUCAUUCAUCAAAUAAAUUACAUAUGGAAGCGAAUAGUC